ACAAAGUUUGAACAUUAUUGAAAGGGCAAUAUACAUACUAUAAUAGGAUAUGAUAAAGAAAGAUUGAGAUAUUUCAGCAGGGAAGAGAACAAAAGAAAAGACAGAAGGAGCACGUCAGAGACUUAGCCAUAGGGUGUGGAGAGAGAGGCCUUCUCAUCCACAUCUCUUACCUCUCUGAAGUUUUUUCCCUUCUCUCCUUCUCAUUUUGUUUCUUUUUGGUUUGCAAAAAAAAAAAAAAAACUACUACUACCUUGUUUGUUGGGUUGAUGCCAAAGGAAAGAAGAAAUUAAACUAGCAGUAGGAGGAGGCAUGCAGUUGAAGGUUCAAACAAUUUCAAAGAGGAACUAGAUUUUUUCUUCUAUAUAAAAGAGUCAUCAGGACUUUGAUAGUUGGUUAGCUGCUUAUAUUAUUAGCAACAGAAGAAGGCAAAAGGGCUUUGAUGAUUCAAGUUAUUCAACAAACAUGUCCAGUUUAACUAGUGCAUCUGGUGAAGCUGCAAGUUUAUCUUCUUGCAACAUGAAUAAUGAUACUGCUGGAGCCAGCUUCUAUCCACUUCAGCGCUUAAUUACACCCCAAAAUCAAAAUCCACCACAACAAAUCAGGAAAAAGAGAAACCAAACAGGCAACCCAGAUCCAGAAGCAGAAGUGAUAGCUUUAUCACCCAAGACACUAGUUGCAACCAACAGAUUCUUUUGUGAAAUCUGUAACAAAGGGUUUCAAAGAGACCAAAAUCUACAACUCCACAGAAGAGGGCAUAAUUUGCCAUGGAAGCUGAAGAAGAGAGAAAAUAAUAAUGAAGUUGUGAGAAAGAAGGUGUAUGUUUGUCCAGAGUCAAACUGUGUGCACCAUGACCCAUCUAGGGCAUUAGGGGACCUUACUGGAAUUAAAAAGCAUUUUAGCAGGAAGCAUGGUGAGAAGAAGUGGAAGUGUGAGAAAUGCUCUAAGCGUUAUGCAGUUCAAUCUGAUUGCAAAGCUCACUCCAAGACCUGUGGCACUAAAGAAUACAAAUGUGAAUGCGGUACCCUUUUCUCAAGACGAGAUAGUUUCAUCACACACAGAGCUUUCUGCGAUACUUUAGCUGUAGAGAGCGCAAGAGCAAUAACUGGAAAUCCAACAAUGUUCCCGUCUCAAAUGAACCUCCAGUUCCAACAACCCCAGUACUUUAGCAACCAUGACCAGCUUCCACCAGCUACAUUUUCCAUGAAAAAAGAGCAGCCAAGUGAUAAUUUCAGACAUAUUGAGAUUCCUCCAUGGCUAAUGACUAAUUGCCAACCAUUUGCUGGAGCUGGUCCUGGCCCUCCACCACCCCAUAACUUUAGCUCAUCAUCAAUCUUCCAAACUACUAAGUUAGACCAAGAAUACUCGCAGAGCCACAAAGAUUUUAAUCUUCAUCAGAACCCAAACCCUAAUCUUGGAGCAGGACCAACAUCAAUAGCAACACCCUACAAUUCAACAGGAGAAUCUGCGGUCUUGUCACACAUUUCUGCAACUGUAUUGUUGCAGAAGGCAGGUCAGUUGGGUGCUACAAUUAGUAACAAAGCAAGUGCUGUCUCAGCAAACACAGGCCCAGACAUGCUGAUGAGACAAAUACCCCGCAAUACUCACGUGUCUGUUGCUACUACCAAACAAACUGAUCAGAAUCUGUCCUCACGUGAAGAGCUGAACACUACUGGGCCUGCAAAUAUAAGUGGUGGCACUGGCAUGAUGACAACUUCUUUUUCUAAUUUUGCUAAUGCUACUACUGGGUUUGAAGGGUCAACGUUUGAAGAUGCAAUAUUAUUCGGUGGAUUUAACAAUUUGAAUUCAAAGAAAGAUGAUGAUCAGUACUUCAACAGAACAAUCAAUGAGGAUAUGACCAAGGAUUUCUUGGGUUUAAGACCUCUCUCUCAUACUGAUGACAUUUUCAACAUUGCUGGUCUUGUUAGUACUACUACUUCUAGUGAACAUGAUCACUUUAAAAAUCAUAAAACUUGGCAAAAUUAAUUAGCUUAGAAUCAUUCUCUUUGAGAUACAAUUCCAUCCUCGGAGAAAUUAAAAUAUUAAUUCUUGUUGGUACUAUUUAAUUAUAAUUGAUUUGGCUUUAUUUUGUUGA